AUGAGUUUAGGAUUAGCACCACAUUCGAUUAAGCAUGAGACAUUUGUUGAAUUUACACGUAAGGCAUCCAGAGGUGUCCGAAAUUUCAAUAAAUAUUGUUCACUAAAUUCAAGGGAUGAUAAUCUCCAACAUAAAAAAAAUGAAGAAUUAAAAAAUGAUAAUGAUACUGAAGAUUUAAGUUCAAAUAAUGUGGCUGAAAAAGAUUUGGAAGAAAUUUUAUUAAAUGAUGAAUAUGAUGAAUAUGCAGAAUGCUCAGAAGAAGAAUUAUUAAAUAAUGAAAUUGAAGAGAAUUUUGGAUGGUUUGAUAAUGAAAUUGAAGAAAAUGCAGAGUUGCUCAUUGAUAAUUUAUCAAAAGAUAUAGAAAAAUUUCCUUUAUCAUUAUUAACCACUAAAUAUAGGAAAAAAAUAGAAGCAAAGAAGGAUGCUGAAAAAAAUUAA